CAAAUAAGGUAACGUUAUCAAUGCACUUGUGUUUCAGGGGCGCAUUCACCAGAUCGAAUACGCCAUGGAGGCGGUAAAACAAGGUUCGGCUACAGUGGGCCUCAAGUCCAGAACCCAUGCAGUCCUGGUUGCUCUCAAGGUAUUCCCCAUUAAUAUCCCAGUUCUAUUCUACACUGACAGCUUUUGUUUUUCAAGAGUUACAUAGGAGCUACACUGGGGCAUCAGGAAAACGGUAUGUCUUUUACCUGCCACAUUGGACCCGCGCGGGUGUGAGCCACUCGCAGUGACUGUCAAUGGGCUGGUGUUUGUGUUUCUCCACAGAGAGCCCAGUCAGAGCUGGCUGCUCACCAGAAGAAGAUCCUCCAUGUUGAUGAACACAUUGGCAUCUCCAUUGCCGGGCUGACUGCAGAUGCCAGGCUCCUCUGGUACCAUUAAUAUUUUUUUUACAUUUUAGUCAUUUAGCAGACUCUCUUAUCCAGAGCGACUUACAGGAGCAAUUAGGGUUAAGUGCCUUGCUCAAGGGCACAUCAACAGAUUUUUCACCUAGUCAGCUCAAGGUUUUGAAUCAGCUACCUUUUGGUUACUGGCCCAACGCUCUUAACCGCUAGGCUACCUACCACACACACACACACACACACACCUUGGUGUCCAGUUGUAGAAAUAAAAUGUAUGAAAAACCAUGUGUCUGUUUGUAAUGUAUAUCCACUGUAAUUUGUGUCAAGAUAACCACUUCUUUCCCCUUCUAUCUUAUUCAACAGUAACUUCAUGAGGCAGGAAUGCCUGGACUCAAGGUUUGUGUUUGACAGGCCUCUCCCAGCUUCGCGCCUCGUCACUCUCAUCGGAAGCAGUAUUCUUUCUGUCAUGCUUUCGAUUUUUUAUCCCUAGAAGCCCGUACCCAGUUUGCCUUGCAUGAACAUUUUGCUGAGUUUAGGACAGUCCUGUCUUGUUUCGGGACCCCAAACAAUACAUUUGAAAGUUUGAUACGCCAAUAAAAAUGUAUGCAAUGUGUCAAUGUAAAAAAUUACACUUUCGUGAGUUAAGCGGUGAGGUUUGGGAAAUGGCGCGCUGUGCCCUCUAGACAGUUGACAAAGUAACCCUUAACCAGUCCCUCAGAAACUCAAAUUCCCACACAGAGGUAUGGAAGAAGACCCUAUGGUGUGGGACUGCUUAUCGCUGGCUACGAUGUAAGUUCUCUUUGUCAUCUUUUAAGGGAAACUAUGUAUGCUUAUCAAGGUGUAUAAAACUCUAUAUAUGUGAUUCUUAAAGCAAUAAUUAUUAGUAAUGUGGAGCAACAAAGUCAUUUGGUCUCUUCUUGUAGGACAUGGGGCCUCAUAUCUUCCAGACCUGCCCCUCUGCAAACUACUUUGACUGCAAAGCCAUGUCCAUUGGAGCCCGCUCCCAGUCUGCCCGCACAUACCUAGAGAGACACAUGGACACCUUCCUGGACUGUGAGCGCAUGCACACACACACACACUGUAUUUGUGGUUUUCACAAUUACAAACACAAAUGCAUACCUGAGGGCACACGUAUGUCUACUCAGACACAUACUAUAAAGUAGAUACUGUUUGAGGCUUGGUCGCUGUAGCACAUCUCACUCACACACACAGACACACACACACAACUCAGCACAUGCUCUGUGCAUUUAUCCCUUUGUCCAUUGCAUUGUCUAUACUCAGGUAAUCUGAAUGAGCUGGUCAGGCAUGGUCUGCUUGGGCUCAGAGAAACACUCCCAGCUGAACAGGACCUCACCACUAAGGUAAGCUUCAAUGGCUCAACCAACCUGUCGUAGCCCUCAUGUUCCCCACUGUACAGGGCUGUGUUCAUUAGGUCCCCUAACAGAAAUGUUUUAAAACAUUUUGCAACAUAAAAAUUAAAUGGAGUCCCUCCCUGUUUGUCUGUUUGGUGCCUAAUGAACACGACCCUGGCGUUUACUGAGUAGCUCUCCCUGCCUUUCAGAAUGUCUCAAUCGGCAUUGUGGGGAAAGACAUGGAGUUCACCAUCUACGACGAUGGUGACGUGGGUCCUUUCCUUGAGGGUCUGGAGGAGAGGCCACAGAGAAAGGUAAGAGUCGAUUUGGAGUUACUGUGGAAAGUGGUUGGAUUAAUGCUAGCCUGGAUCCACACUGAAACAGAACAAUUAAUUUGGAAUCCAGGCUGGGAUAAUGCACCCUCAAAGAUAUUUGUAGAUGAGAUUAUAAUAAUAUUAUAGAAUGGUUAACAAACAUGACAUCACAAAUUUCACUUAAAGGUCCCGAACAGUCAAAAUCAUGUUUUUCAUUAAAUUUGAUGAUAUUUGGAUGAAACCAUAUCAAUCAAAUGUAUUUAUCAAGCCCUUUUUAGAUCAGCAAUUGUCACAAAGUGCUUAUACAGAAACAGUGUAUAAGUUUCAGUCAAAACUAUUAUAGAACAGCUUUUAAACCCACCCCUCAGCUACUCUGUCCAUACCGUCCUCUUAUGAUUUCCAUGUGCCAUAUAUUUUUCAACUGUGCUGUGGUCUUUCACAUAAUUUCUGAAUCUGUCUAAUCGCAUAGUAUCUGCAGAUUGUGAAUUAAAGAUAAAUAUUUGUAUUAAAAGUAUUAUAUUGUUGAUUGACUAUGGUUUUCCAAAUCUCCCAACAGUGCUAUUUGUAGGGUUAAUUUUAGAUAAAUGUUGUAAUUUUUCAGCCAUUCCUGAACCUGUGACCAGAAACAAGCUACAUGGGGGCAAUACCAAAAUAAGUGAUCUAAUGAUUGUCUCAGCUUUGCAUAUGUUGCUACGAAGAGAUGGUUGUAUGCCCCAAAUAUACUGAACAAAAAUAUAAACGCAACAUGCAACAAUUAUAACGAUUUGACUGAGUUACAGUUCAUAUAAGGAAAUCAGUCAAUUGAAAUAAAUAAAUUAGGCCCUAAUCUAUGGAUUUCACAUGACUGGGCAGGGGCGCAGCCAUGGGUGGGCCUGGGAGGGCAUAGACCCACCCACUGGGGAGCCAGGCCCAGUCAAUCAGAAUGAGUUUUUCCCCACAAGGGCUUUAUUACAGACAUAAAUACUCCUCAGUUUCAUUAGCUGUCCAGGUGGCUGGUCUCAGACGAUCCCGCAGGUGAAGAAGCUGGAUGUGGAGGUCCUGGGCUGGUGUGGUUGCACGUGGUCUACAGUUGGGAGGCUGGUUGGACAUACUGCCAAAUUCUCUAAAAUGGUUCGAAUCCAGGCUCUGUCUUAGCCGGCCGCGACCGGGAGACCCAUGGGGCGGCGCACAAUUGGCCUAGCGUCUUCCAGGGUAGGGGAGGGAAUGGCCGGCAGGGAUGUAGCUCAGUUGGUAGAGCAUGGCGUUUGCAACGCCAGGGUUGUGGGUUCGAUUCCUAUGUGGGGCCAGUAUGAAAAAAUAAUGUAUGCACUCACUAACUGUAAGUCGCUCUGGAUAAGAGCGUCUGCUAAAUGACAACAAAAAAAAACAUUAAAUUCUCUGGCUACAGCUCUGGUGGACAUUCCUGCAGUGAGCAUGCCAAUUGCACGCUCCUUCAAAACUUGAGACAUCUGUGGCAUCAUGUUGUGUGACAAAACUGCACAUUUUUAGUAGCCUUUUAUUGUCCCCAGCACAAGGUGCACCUGUGUAAUGAUCAUGCUGUUUAAUCAGCUUCUUGAUAUGCCACACCUGUCAGGUAGAUGGAUUAUCUUGGCAAAGGAGAAAUGCUCACUAACAGGAAUGUAAACAAAUGUGUGCACAAUUUCAGAGAAACAAGCUUUUUGUGCGUAUGGAACAUUUAUGGGAUAUUUUAUUUCAGCUCAUGAAAUAUGGGACCAAUGCUUUACAUGUUUUUAUAUUUUUGUUCAGUAUACAUAACAAUAUGUUUAUGGCAGUAAUGUUUUAUUAUUUAAAUUGAAAAACUUUAAGUUUUGAAUCAAGCGUUGUUUUGCGUAUCUGCUCAUAAACCAUGUGCCAAGGAAUCAGCACAUCAAAUCUCUUUCCAACUAUUUUGCAACCUGUAUAGCGCCGCGGUCAACAUUUUGGUUGUCAAGUAAAACUGAUCAUGAAGUUACUGGUGCCCUCCCCAUGCCAAACACUUGGAUUCAGGUAGUGGGAUUAUUAAGCCUCACUUUAAUACACUAAUGGUAACGUCUUAUUCUUUUACCUAAUUUAAAUAAGAACCCUAUGGUCACUCUGACAGAGCUCCAGAGAAUCCUCUGUGGAGAUGGGAGAACCUUUCAGAAGGACAACCUGCAGCACUCCACAAAUCAGGCCUUCAUGGUAGUGGCCAGACAGAAGCCACUCCUCAGUAAAAGGCACAUGACAGCUCGCUGGGAGUUUGCCAAAAGGCACCUAAAGGACUCUGACCAUGAGAAACAAGAUUCUCUGGUCUGAUGAAACCAAGAUUGAUCUCUUUGGCGUGAAUGCCAAGCGUCAUGUCUGGAGGAAACCUGGCACCAUCCCUACGGUGAAGUAUGGUGGUGGCAGAAUCAUGCUGUGGGAAUGUUUUUCAGCGGCAGGGACUGGGAGACUAGUCAGGUUCGAGGGAAAGAUGAACAGAGCAAAGUACAGAGAGAUCCUUGAUGAAAACCUCCACAGAGCGCUCAGGACCUCAGACUGGGGCAAAGGUUCACCUUCAAACAGGACAACGACCCUAAGCACACAGCCAAGACAACGCAGGAGUGGCUUCGGGACAAGUCUCUGAAUGUCCUUGAGUGGCCCAGCCAGAGCCCGGACUUGAUCCCUGUCGAACACCAAAAUACCAAAUUUGUGUUCGAAUACGCAUACUAACAUACUGUAUACUACAUACUUAAUGAGUAUAUACUAUUAGUUCAUUUUAGUAUACUGUAAACAAACGGUAUCCAUUCAGUUGAGCGUACUAGCGCUUCGCCUGUCUACCGGAGGUUGAAGCUGUUGCUAUGCAACUUCUUGCUAGCUUGUUAGCAUAACAAAUUACUAGCUAGACAUUUUUACGACUUCGGGUGUGUUAUUAAAAUCAAUCUGGAGUGCCAGAGUGCGCUCUGGGCGUUCGUAAAUUCAGAGCGUUGUAAGAUUGUGUGUUUGUAAAUUCAGAGCGUUUCGCUCUGAGCGUUCAGACCGCACACUGCCAGGCAGUGUCACUGGACGCUCUGGCCGAGGAGUAGGGCUGAUCCGAGCGUUCUGACCUCACAACGGCAGUCAAGCACCCAAGCUAACUGGCUACCUUGCUAGCUACAUCCAGACACAAAUGAUAGAACAACUCACUCUGACCAUUUUACUCGCCCUAGCAGAGCUGGUUAUCCGGAGCGUUGGUGACUAACUGUGCUGCUGGCAACAAUUUAACUACGCUUUUUUGCCGACGUUUACCGAAACCGGCCAUAUUCAACUGGUGUUGAGUGUUCGUAAAUUCAUCAGUUAUUCUGCGCUCUGGCACAGGUACACUCAGACGAGAGUGCUCUGAAAUCGGAGUAGAUAGCCAGAGCGAAUUUACGAACGCACCCAAAUGUCCAUUUGAGAACGCACAACGACUAUACCACUUAGCUAAAGUAAGAAUGACGGGAAUAAUCAAGUCAAUAAAAGUUGGGUAGUUAGUUAGAUAGCAUAUAGUUAAUAUACUGGUAGGUUCGAUGUAUUAGUAGCCAAGUAACGUUAGGUAGCUAGCUAACAUACCAGUACAUACUGUUGUAAUGAUAUGCUAUGCUGUUAAUAAGGAUAGCGUAGCUAAGAAAUUGUCAGCCAACAUAACGUGGAUGAUAACUUAUUUGAAAAGUCAUUACUUUAUUACAUUGCUCAACAUUUUCUUAACAUUUGUCAUUAGUUAAAGCAAUUAAUUUUUAUCUGCUGUCGUUGGACUUCGGCUGCAUAUUUUCCGCAAUUUUCUUCAAAUCUGAAAACGUUGUGAAGCCACGCCCAUUUUCUGAAGAAUUGCAUUAUGGGCCCUAAAAGCACGGAAAUAGUGUCCACUGCUUGACUGGCUGCAGUCCAAACACGUUAUUUUUACCCCCUCAGCCCUUGCGCUAGCCACUUUCCCUCAGGGGGAAUAACCAUCGAAACCAGAUGCAGUUUGAUUGCUGUCUUAAGUGGAGGUCCAAUUCACUAACGUUGAUCCUUCGGCCCUCGAUUUAGCUCGAGGGAGCGAGUGAACAACUUUGGCCACUUGCGGGGUUGAUAUGACUCACAAUUCAAUGCAAACUGUAGUCACAUGUCAAACUCUGGUGGCCGCGAAGUGUCAACUUUAAUCAACAAAGCUGUAUUUUCGCUAUGUCAGAAAAAAGUAUGAAGCUAGCUUGCUAAAAAAUCUACAGUACCAGUCAAAAGUUGACACACCUACUCAUUCAAGGGUUUUUCUUUAUUUUUACUAUUUUCUACAUUGUAGAAUAAUAGUGAAGACAUCAAAACUAUGAAAUAACUCAUAUGGAAUCAUGUAGUAACCAAAAAAGUGUUAAACAAAUCAGAAUAUAUUUUAUAUUGGAGAUUCUUCAAAUAGCCACCCUUUGCACACUAUUGGACUGUAUCCUACAAAAGCCUAUUCCUGCUCUUUUCCCACGAUCCAUCAAACGUGUGUUUGGUGUGUCAUCAUAGUGGUUUCUGACUUGUGGUCAGACUUGCUCAGACGGAACAAACUUAAACUUGCUCCUUUUUUCAAUGCUGAUUUGAUUGUAAUUGAGAAAACAAAGGUGUCAAUGUUUUUGCAAACAUCCUUUCUGAAUUUAAAAGUAAUCCUAGAUGUAAUCUAGUUGUUCAAAAGUAUCUGUAAUCUCAUUAUAAUAUUUUUGCUGGUAACUGAUUGAUUAAGUUAGUUGUUUUGUAAUCCGUCACUCCCCAACCCUGCUUAUAGUUUUCCACUUUCAUCUGUGUCAGCUGCACUCGGGUCGGGAGGGACUCCACAUCAAAAAAACACAAGGACAGACAAACUCUUCUCCUUGCCAUUUAACCACACAAUUCAACCAGCAUACGUCUACCACUCCAGGAAUUUUCUUUAGUAUAUCAAUGUCAACUUCUUCCGAAACUCCCGAAAUUACUCCUUUAAUAGGUGCCCUGCUCUGUAGCUCAAAGCACGACAUAUCAUAAUGUCCAAAUUUAGUGAGUUCCAACACCUCAGACACACACUAAAUUUAACCUGCCCACUUCUCGUGAUUUUUCACAGAUUUUACUUUACCCAAAGCAUUCUCCACCACUUUGGAUGUCUUCAAUGGAUUCACCAAAUCGGGAGUACAUAAUCCCAGAAAACGUACACCUACCAGAUACCAUGGGGAAUUAUGAACACUAGCCAUUUCCUUUCUCACGUCAAUUUAGCUUAUUUGUCCAUUUCUUUGGACUAAAGUCCAUUCUUCAUUUCCACCACCAACCGAUUCAAGCUCCAUCUCCACUUCCACCAUUGUCUUCUUGCUCGAUGCCUCUCUCAGUAAACACAGCUGUCGUCAACUCCUGCUAGUUCGUAGCCAGCUCGAGGUGUCACUGGUUCGCUAUGUCAGAAAUACCCUCCCUCUUUUGAGACAGCGGGAUUCAGGCGGGAUGGAGGCAGGAUUAUUAAGGGUUUUUCAUGACAUCACAAAAAGUAUAAUUUUAAUACACCAAUGGUAACGUCUUCUCUUACCUAAUUUAAAUAAGUACCACCUUGUAACCAACAUCGCAGAAGGCGUGUUCGCAGAGGGGUGUGGUUUGACUGCAGUGUGUCAGUAAAUAUAAUUACAGGUUUUCCCUAUUCAUCUAAGGUUUCCGCUUUCAUCUGUCUGGUGUUAGCUAGUAACUGGCUAGCUAGGUCUUCAGCCAGAAUUGAACAAAAGCGGGGGAAGGGUUGCCUAAAACACUGAUGCAUUUGUCAUGUCAUUACAUCAAGAGACAUGCCAAAUGGAAAAUUCAUACAAACUUCUUGACAGUCAUGAUAUAUGAACGUUGUCUGACAGUGACUGUGGCCAGUUUAUUAGGUUCACCCAUCUAGUACUGCGCCGGACCCCCCUGUAGCCAUGAAGGGAUGUACCUGGUCAGCAACAAUUUUAAGAAACGCUGUGGCGUACAAACGUUGCUCAAUUGGUAUCAAGGGACCUAAUGUUUGCCAGGAAAACAUUCCCCACACCAUUACACCACCGCCACCAGCCUGUACCGUUGACACCAGGCAGGAUGGGGCCAUGGACUCAUGCUGCUUACGCCAAAUCCUGACUCUACCAUCAGCAUGACGCAACAGGAACCGGGAUUCGUCAGACCAGGCAAUGUUUUUCCACUCCUCAAUUGUCCAGUGUUGGUGAUCGCGUGCCCACUGGAGCCACUUCUUGUUUUUAGCAGAUAGGAGUGGAACCUGGUGUGGUCGUCUGCUGCAAUAGCCCAUCUGUGACAAGGACCGACUAGUUGUGCGUUCCGAGAUGCCGUUCUGCACACCAGUUCUACUGCGCCGUUAUUUGCCUGUUAGCUUUACGAUUCUUGCCAUUCUCCUUCGACCUCUCUCAUCAAUGAGCUGUUUUCGGCCACAGGACUGCUGCUGACAGGAUGUUUUGUUUGUCGCACCAUUCUUGAUAAACCCUAGGAGGCUGGCCGUUUCUGAGAUACUGGAACUGGCACGCCUUGCACCGACAAUCAUACCACACUCGGUCGCUUAGGUCAUUCGUUUUGCCCAUUCUAACGUUCAGUUAAACAGUAACUGAAUGCCUCGAUGCCUGCUUUAUAUAGCAAGCCACGGCCAUGUGACUCACUGUCUGUAGGAGGGAACCAUUUUCAUGAACCGGGUGGUGUGCCUAAUACACUGGCCACUGACUGUGUGUAUAUAUUUAAUGAAAAGUACCCAGACUUCACCCUGAAAUUGUCCAAGAUGAACUAGCUAGCUUGAUAAACAGUGCUGCCAAUUCCAUUUGGGUUUGCUAGCUAAAUUAUACAGCCAACAUUUUGUCUAUUGAUACUGUUACAAUAACCAAACAGUUGGAUAAACAAAUCAGUAGUGAAACCCUGAUGUGGUGUAUGACAGGAUUGGAUGUUGUUUGCAAUUUAAAUGUUUGAGUUGCUUUGUGUAUCAGCAAAUUUGCUUGAGAUAAUAUCACUGCAACACUGCUCACUGCGUCCAUGUUGCUUGACAUAGGCGUUUUCAAAGAACAUGCAGAAAAAAAUAUUAUGGGUGAUGUUUUAGUCACUCAAAAGGCUAUUUUACAUGGCAAUCAGAAUGACCGUUCAGGAGCUUUAACAGCAGGUCACUGCUCUGUCUGUCCUCCUGUGUGUCCUAGGUAAUCGAGGCUGCAGAUGAGCCUGCAGCAGACAAACCGGAUGAGCCAAUGGAUAUCUGAGACUGAGGAUGCAGAAUGA